AAUUCAAAAAAUUACAAAAAGAACAUAAGAUUUUUAAAAAAGUCAAAAAAAUUGCAAAAUAAAAAAAUGUCAAAAUUUUCUGGUUCACCAAAUAAAGAAUAUGAUCAAAAAAUGUAAAAGUUAAGAAUUGAAGCACUAGAGGAUUCUGAAAAAGUAGCUACAAAAUAAAGAUUUGCCCUUUUUUCUUAGCCACCUUCAUUAGCAACUGGAGAUGAUAAAUAAUAUUAAAAAAUUUAUCAUUAAAGAGAUGAAAAUGGAAAACCUAUAACGGAAGCUAGAAAUAUAUAAUCUACAGCUUUAAAAAGAGGAAAAGCAAAAGAUGCAUAUUUUUCAGUUUUGGGAUUUACGACUAUUGGUGAUAAAUAUAUUGAUCCUGAUUCAAUAAAUAGAUAAUAUGAAUUAGAAAAAAAAAAAAAAAUUAAGUAAGAUUAAGUUUUUAAGCCACCUUCAGGAUAUAAAACCAUUAUUAAUUCAGCAUUUAAACAUGAAAAUGAGGAUGUUUACAAUAAAAAAAAUUACAGAGAUGCAGACGGAAAGGUAUUAACUUAAAGUAAAAAUAUUACAACUAAUCCGUCGUCAAAAUUACAAAGUAAACAUUAUCCUCAUUUACCUGAUUAAUAUGAAAGAUAAAGAUAAUUAAGGAUAUAAGAAAUGAAAAAACAUUAAGAAUUAUUAGGUGAAAAAGCAGCUUUUAGGUCUACUGUUUUUGGAAGAAGAAAUUUUUUUAAUGAUAAAAAAACAUUCGGUGAAGAAGGAUUGAAUUUAAAAAAAAGACCUUAAACAAAUAUUAAAUUUAAUAUCAUUAACCAUGACGCACCAUUUAAACCAUCUAAUCCUAACAAAAGAGUAUUUAUUUACAUUAUAAAAAAAAUAUUUAUAUGUUAUAAGGGUUGGAACGGAACAUUAUCUAAAUUUCCAGAAUAUAAACCUAACGGAGAAAAAUAAGCAAAAAGAUAAUUUAUGAUAAAAGAAAAAGAUCCUUUUAAACCUAAAUAUUGUGGAGAAUUAACAAGACCAACACCUACUAUUAGUUGCCACCCUUUAAAUAUUAGAAAAGAUAUUAUGAAUGGAAGAGUUGCAUUUUGA